UAGAUAUAAGUAGCCGAGAAAACUCUUUGCCAAGCAUCAGAGUGAGUACAGCUAGGUGUUGGUGAAGACACAAGCGAAUCCGGUGGCAAUUUCAAAGAAAUUCGAAAGCAUUUUCAUUGGCCAAUCGGAGAAAUUAAAAUGCUUCCAAUUGUGAUAGUGGCUUGUUUAGCAACAAUGGCUAUGUCUGCUCCAACAGAUACCAGACCGACAACAACUAUUGUCGCUGACGGACCGGAAGGCCGUCUUCUAGAAGCGGAAGAACCUGGCAAAGGUUUCUGGGGCUACAUUAGUUCAGAGACUGAUGACGGCCAGGUUGAGCUCCAGACAAUUGAUGGGAAAACAAUUACUACUAGACUAAACCAAUUAUCCGUCUCUCCUGCUGUUCGUCCAGGAGCAUACCCAUAUCCGAUGAGCCCAAUCGCACCAGGCUACGGUUAUCGAUAUUUUCCAAGAAAUACUUUCCCCGCCUACUAUCCUUUCUAUCAACAAGGUCAAUACGAUUUUGACGGCAAUCUGGAAACCAAAUCUGACGCCGAGGAACUGUCUGAAGUUAUUAACGUCAACGGCGAUGGCACCCGACAAACUCCCACCCCUACUCCAAAUCCUUUGGCACCCCUUUUUAACACCAUCAUAACAUUGAAUAAUCUGCAAAUGGCUGCACUAACAUUGGCAAACCUUGGCAUGAUUAUCAUUGGUUAAACCGUUAAACGUUUUGAAGAAACUUCGCCCCAACAAAUGUUACUGGACCUAUUUUUUUUUUACUUUUCUACAAAAAAAAAUCUUGAAAUCUUCAUUUCAUCUAUUCAAUCCCAAUUAAUUUAUUAUUUAUAAAAGGGAAAUACAAGCCUUGCGUUUAA